AUGAAAGGAAGAUCUGCGAUUCGGGGAUGUCGGAAACUGGGACUGAAGAAAACGGGGAAACAGAAGACGAAGGAGACUGGGUUAUUGUCGUUGCCAGAUGAUGUGGCGUUGACCUGCCUGGCUCGGGUGUCGAGAUUCGACCUGGCGGCUUUGGCCGUGGCCUCAAAGGCACACAGGUCUCUCGUAACUUCUCCUGAGCUCUAUCGCAUGAGAGAUGAGAUUGGGAUCGAGCCAUCUUUCUACGUGUGCUUGCACAUCUCUCCAGAACCGACCCCACGGUGGUUCAUCCUCCACCCGGUGCAACAUCGGCUGAAAUCGAUCUAUCCUCACGAGUAUGUGUCUCCGGAAUCAUCGGCCUCUUACGUGGUGAUGGGUUGGGGGAUCUUAAUCAUCGGCGGACUCGUAAACGGCAAACCCACUCGGGACGUCGCGUUUUUCGAUUGCUGCGGGCACGGAUGGUACCACAGGGGAUUUCCGUCAUUGAAGGUGGCUCGUGCCUCCGCAUCGGCAAGGCUGAUAGGAGAGAAGCUAUACGUGUUUGGAGGAAUCGGGGGGGAUGACGUGGCUGAUUCGUCAAACUGGGCAGAGGUGUACAAUCCCGAGACCAGAAGUUGGGAGUUGCUGUCUGCGGUUACGCCCAAGAUGCCCUUCAGUAUCAAACAAAGCGCGCUGGUGAUGGACCAAACGAAUGCUUUCCACGUGUUGGAUCAGGACGGUGAAAGCUUCUCCUUCACGCCGAGCAGGCCUCUGUUCGUGGCAAGCGGGAAAACAGAUUCCAAGCCAGGGUUUAGAGACGACUGGUGUAUCAUCGCCGGGAACGUGAUGUUCUGUCGCGGUGACCGCGGGAGAAUACUGUGGUGUUUGCCAGAGGAGUUGGAUUGGCAGGAAGUCAAGGGUUUGGAAGAGCUUCAACAAGACUCGUGUGAUAUCACCAAACUCUGCAGAAACUCUGCCAACAUUGUCAUCUUCUGGAACGCCCAGCCUCUAGCUUCCGAGAGUUUGGAGCUCUGGUCUGCUGAGAUUUCCUUGGAAUACUGGCGGGCCGGAGUACGAGAGAUCUGGGGCAAGAUUGAGCGGUCCGGUUCUCUUCUCAAACUUGAUCCCCUCACUGACUCGUCUACCAUUAAGGUAUGUAAGCACACCGGAAAUGAAUGUGAGGUUGAUAGUUAUGUGUGGAUUAGGAAGUCAUUUCGACCGUCUCAAGCCCUUGUUGGCUCUGCGGUUCAGGCCAUUCGUGGCGUUUUUGAUGACAGGCGUAAUCUCAAACCAGAACCAGCUUUAGUAGCGCAGAGCGUUCUGGUCUCUGUCAGGAGAAUUGAAGCUCUUGAGCUUGGAAUUGCUGUGAAGGCUUUUGGAGGAAGAAGAAGAGUGCUCACUGGUGGGAUCUCAAGAAGAAUUUGUUCCUGUAGUGCUUGCAGGAAUCGGUGA